AUGCAGCGAAAGCUAGACAGACUGAGUGUCGGCAUCAUUCCAGAACAGUCUCUAGACAUCACCGACACGUCCCUACACUGGCUGUUUGGUAAAGAUGGUGGAUACGUCACCCGGCUCAAUGACGACUACGCUCAAGACACACCGAACGACAGCAUCCCAUCUGCGAAAUCAGAAGCAAGAAUCACGAGAGAGAUCGGAGACUGGAUGCAGUCACAAGAAUGUGAUGAGUUCUGGGCGCCUCGGGCGCAGCAGCCUCGUCGCAAGCAAGAACGAACACAAUUUGAGGACAAGUCGGACAAUCGCGCGGAACGCCAAAAGAUUAGUUCCCAGCCCGUUCAACGUAUACCCUCGUUACAUCGUCUCAGGCAUACCCAGUCUGCUCUGUGCAUUGAAGUAGAAGCAGACAUAGAAGAAGAAAUACCUGUCGAAAGCCCACAUGACGGGAAACGUCACCCCUCGGACCCGUCGAUUGGCAGUAUUCUUACCUACACCUUCCAAAUCCCUGAGGUACGACGCACCUCUGUUACACCAAAUUCCAACUGGGGCCCCGCUUCCUCGGAAGAGGGCAUGAUGCGUGCCUGCGGACGAGGAGAUCUCAUCGUCACACGGGACUAUUUCGACGAUGUGCCCGAGACCCCAGACAAUGCACGUCACCAGCAGUCGAGGUGGAAGAUACCUCAUUGGCGCCACAAGCUUGGUGACUCUCCACCACUACCCGCCACUAUGUCAUCUACACAGCCCAUGAUUACCACACCAGCGGUAGAUUACUUCGCCCAAGUCUAUACCGAGAAGCACGUUACCCAUCAAACUGACGAUCCCGAGGUCGCAGCAGAAGAACAUAGCGAUGCUGGUCCCGAAAUCGAAGAUGACCCAAGGCUACGGAAGAUGCUAGGAAACAUCGUGACUCCGUCUAGUGACGACGAAUCCAGUGACAGUGAUAUGGAACGGACCAAGAAAAGAAAGGGCAUCAAAGAAUCAGAUACUACAGCUUUUGAGGUUGCAGAACGGUUUCGAGACAAGACGGGAGAUGGGUGGGAGCACACAAGAGUCAAGGCGCUUUGGUGA